UACGCGCAUAGUUUGUUGUUCCCAAACACAACGAGGCAUUGUAUCAGCUGCUGCCUCUGCAGUUGCCAGCUCCUCCUCGGCUCUUCGAACGGUGGUGGCGCGCGCGGCUGUGACGAUUCCGAGCGCGGCUCCGGAUAAUAAUAAUAAUAUAAUUAUUAUUAUUAUUUUGUUUAAUUUACACCUGUACACGACAGCGAUAACCCUUUCCCGCGAUAUUACACACCGUAUAGUAGUGGCGCAGUAGUAGUACAGUUGCAGUAGUUAUGUGUGCAAGAGUAGGUAUAAACUAUAUUAUAUAUAGGUACAACGGUACACUCGUUAAACAGACAUUACACUAUUAUACGCGCCCCCGAGGGACUUGGUUCAUUAUUUAAUUGCGCACGCACACUGUGUACGAAAACACACACUCGGGUCUAUAACAUAUAUAUUAUAUAAUAAUAUACACAUCUCGUCAUUAGUCUUUUACACUACAUAAUGUAUACAUAUAAACGCGUAUUAUAGAAGUAUACGCUAAGAGUAUAAUAUGUAGAAUUGUAGAAAUAUUAUAUUCGUGGGUCGUGGGUGAACUGAAUGAACUGAAUUGUUCCAUAAUGUAGGUAUACUAUAAUACUUGUAUAGCCAUAUAGGUAGGUAUACUUUUAUUUCCACCAAACGAAACCUAAACGGUCUAAGUGCACAACUAUCUCGUAUUAAAAGAUAAAGUUUUUUUUUUCAAAUUUGAAUAAUAUGUAUUUUGAUGAUUUUCGCUAGGAAAAGGGGAAUGUGUAUUUUUGGUGGGAACGAGUUAUUCCCUCAUCUCAAGUAGGUAGUACUUCUCAAACUGACAAGCUGCAAUCGGUCUACUGAUUCGUGAAUUUAAUACAUAUUAUAAGUAUAUAUUAUACCGUAUAGACCCAGAUUCGAGAGUAUUUACAUUAUACUAAACAUUUCACUAUACAGUAUAUCCACGCAUAAAGUAUGAACUACACCAUAAAUAAACAUACCUACUUGAGCGGUAUUCCUCUUCGUUAUACAUGUCGGAUAAUUUUCGUUACGUCUUGAAGCGCGCUUAGACCCAAUUAAAUUAAAAUAUAAUAACACACUGACGGCCCUCUAAAUAUAUGUAUAUAUAUGUAUAACUACUCGUUAUUAUCCGCACGCAUAACUUCAUUUUACAUUGUAAAAGUUACACGCAGCAUACAUGUACGCGGAUACUUGUGGCGACCGGGAAAAUUAACACAAUUCGAAGAUUAUUUAACAUAAAUAUUACAUACUAUUAUUAUUAUAAUAUUAGAAUAAGUUUUGAAAGUUGUAAUUGUAUUUGUGUGGUAACCAAAUUCAUCCAUCGCGAUACGGGUUUUUCUUCGCACGUUUUUAUAUUUGCACAUAACUACCUAUAUAUAUAUACGUUUAUAAUAAUAUACAUACUACGUAAUUAAAACAAACAAUCUAACAACAAUAUAUAAAUAUAAUAUAUAUAUACACAUUUAUUAUACAAGAACGUCUCCCUCACCGGUUAUUAUAUGUAUAAUAUAUAAUAUAUAUUGCCCACGAAGACCUGGUAGGUACAGGCGGUAAAGCAAUCGAAAUCGCUCGCAAACAUUUCGUUCGCGUAUGUAUACGACAAUAAUAAUAAUUAUUAUUAUUAUACACAAUAGCUCGUUUUGUCGGAAUAGAAAAACUAUUUAUAAUCGACCGGUUUGGAAAUGCAUAACUAUACGCACACGAAUACCUAUAUAAUAUUAUACAAUAAUAAUUGUAUUCCUACUAAUGGUUUUUAUUAUUAUUAUUAUUAUUAUUAUUAUUAUAGGUAUAUCGUCGCGUAUACACCACGGGCCGAUAUAUAUGUAUACAGUUAUUUAACUGGUCGUUUAUAUGAUAAUUUAUAAUAAUAACGUCGUUGGGCAAUAUAUUUUAUAAUAUGGUGAAAUGGUAUACGAUAAUGCUGCACAAUCCAUAUACACGGGUUAUACCUAUGUAUAUUCGAUAAAUACAAUAUUGUGUUAUGCUAUCAGAAAUAUGUAUACGCGGAUAGUUAAUUAAAAAAAAAGGUCGUCGCAAAGUUCGACUUUGUGUACCUGCUGGCAGUAUAUUUAUGGUAUAUUGGCAUAAAGUGUGAAUUGUGAGAUGUUACCGCGCGUUUCUCGGGGAAUUCAAUUCUCCAAACCAGAAAUAAUAAAUUUUAAAAACAGAAGGCUAUCGUGGUACCUAUAGGUAACCUAAUACACAUAAAAAUUAAAAACAGCUCGUUCGAGACACUUAAAUUUCGGUGUGCUGCAGAUCGUAUCGCUGCCGUGAGCACAUAAUAAUAUAAUAUAAAUGCGCCCAUGUCGGUUGUAGGACUUUUAAAGGACAUGCGGUGGGGGGGAGGGUGGUUGCUGGCUGGCUCCCCGAGGACGAGUAUAUAAAUCAAAGAGAAAAACGUGUGUACACAAGUCGAUUUUUUUUUUGCCCAAUAUGUUCCCUGCCCGUUGCAUCCGCCGAAGACCAUAUUGCCGGUGCCGGGUUCGCGGAAGGAUACUCUUCUGUCGUUGUGCAUACUGCAGCAAUAUCGUAUAAUACAGCUCUGCACAUUACUGCACAGGCCGACUAAAUGAUACGCUGACCCGGGACACCAAAUGUUUAGAGGAGCGUACUAUAUGCAUAAAAUAGAAUCGGUUGUCUGUGCAAUUGGACUCCUCUGAACGAGACGAUAAAUCGCGGUCGGGUUGUCAACGCUAAAAGGUCGGACGCACGUGUGAUUCGGGGAAACGAAAAAAAUAAAAACGUUUUUCGGCCGUCUGCUGCAGGGUAUAUACCUAGCUGGUUCCGGUGCCGGAAAACGCAUCAUCGUUGUCGUUUGUACAACGUGACAGUAUCCAGACUCUGCAAGCAGCCGUCGCGUCUCAUUUGCGGCGCGCGCACCUAUUAGUAUAAUAUUAUACUAUUAUAAUUCUAUUAUACAGUGCGAAUAAUAAACGGCAUGUAUAUUCCACGGGCGAUGGCGAGUUCCGAGAGACUUUCCUCGAGUGCGACCAUUGUCCGUUGCCUCGCGUGAAACGACUCUAUUUCUUCCGGCCAUAUACCGGUCUUUAUAUUAUUAUUAUCCAAGUACACGUGUAGCGCACAAUAUAUAUGAUAACAGUGCAUAUUUGUACGCCACAGCAAUUUACUAUGACCAUACAUCGAUAUAUUAUAAUAUACUUAUAUAUUAUUACUAUUAUAUAUUGUACAAUGAACGCGCGCGAGGAAUAUGCGGUACGACAUUUGACCCUAUAUAAUGUAUACAUACAGAUAUAGGUAAAUACAUAUUAUAUUGUGCGAAGCCCGUUCUCGAUUUAACACGUGUACCCGCGCAAAAACGGCUACUAUAUAUUAUUAUAUUAUAUUGUUGUACGGUCGGCGUCGAGUUUUCUAAAUAGUUUCUUCUGCAGAAGAUCUUCUUAUCUCUUGUGCACUAUCUGCAUCGCAUUGUGUUAUAAUAAUAAUAGUGAUAUUAUUAUUAUUAUAUCAUCGCUUUGCAGUAGAAUAUUACACCGGCGGCGGCACAAUUCACGAGAGAGUAUACGGCUUGGUUACGGCUGCCGUCUGAGCUGGUCGUCGCGUAUAGUCUUUCCGCGCAUUGCAAGCAGUUAAUAAUAAUAAUAUGUAUUAUACAUUUCAUGGGGGUUUGCAUUGAUGUACGAUACCCAUAUAUAAUACAUAUGUAUAAUAUACAUUAUUAUAAUGUUAAAUAUUAUUACACGUACGGGUGUGGCUGAUUGAACAAAUGCGUGACGUAUAUCCGCUUGAAAUUUUCAUGUUAAUUGUGAGAAGGUACUCGAGGCGGGUAAUACAGAAAUUAUUAAUUUGAAAGUAUAAAAAUAUAAUAUUAUUUCAACAUUUUUUUAUAUUGGCGUAAAUAUUUUGAUACGAAGAGCUGAGGGGGAGGGGGUUACAUAAAAUAUUUAUAUACCUAGUCACUUUGUUGACUUAUAAAAAUACAUUUUUAAAUAAUUAUUUAGUAAAAAUAUGCAAUCGACCGUUGGGGCACCAGGCUUAAUCCUUUAUUAUGCGUGUGUAUGUGUGUGUGCACGCGCGUGAAAAACAAAGUACCGCUCCAUAACCGACAAUAUUAGUGAUAUUUAUUUAUUUAUUUAUUUAAAUUAAUAUUGAAUGAUUACUGGGCCUCACUGAGAAAAACUCGUGUGAAGCCCCGAACACUAGAAUCACUAGACACUAUCAUAUUAUACUGGUGGAUGAGAAUUUUUCGACUUGUUUUUUCCCGCGUUUUCGAGCCGUCGACAUACCAAUGUGGCGUGGUUACCUCGGCGAUACAAAACUUGAUGACACUAUACACGUAUAAUAAUAAUAAAAUAUUAUUGUUAAAUUAGGGCUCAGACCUAUCUAUAUGGAAUCUACUGCUAUUGCAUGAAUGUACUAACUGCGUCAUAUUAUAAUAUUAUAUCGUUUGAAAAUUAUGGCUCCGAUCGUGGUCAAUGCGGCCAUGGAACAGUUGACCGUGCACAGUGCCUCCUACCGGCCGCUCCCGCUCUCGUUGCCGGUGCGCCGCUGCCGGACACCUGUUAAACGGUCACUAGCUCCGUCGGUCGUCAUUACUGCACACCGGGAAGCAUAUCAGCGGAGAGACCCACAGGAACCGAUCAAGUCGAAGCCACCUCCAGAUCACGGGUUCCUGGCCGGAGACGGUGUUGAUCGUUUCCACUGCACGUCGUACAAAAUGCAUUACCCAGUAAAAGAUGGACUGCACCGCGCUCAACCGGUCACCCGUCCCGGCCGGCCGUCGCUGGUACAUAUUUCAAUGGAAGCGGAGACAACUACAGGUAACGCGUACCGCCGUCCCGCAACAACGAAACUAUGGCGACGCCCUUCGAGUGCCUACAAAGUGUCGUCGGAACCGAUGGAAACAACAUCAGUACAUCGAGCGAGUUACAAACCUCCACCGUGUAAUUUUGACUCAAAGGCAAAGGCUGAUAUCUGCCCUAGACGCACUUUUGUCGACGAAUCACUAAGGUCCAAGAUGCCUAUUAAAAGUCACACCACUUACACGACCUCAUAUUACACGAGCCAUCCAAAAUUAGGACCAAUGCCAGAAAAAUUGCGUCAGAUGCAGGGUUCGAAUAAAGCACCAAGAGCCCACACCAAAAAAAUAUUUAAUAGCAAUAAACUGGUUAAAUGUACGAGAAAAAUUGAACACACGACAUAAAUAGCUUAUUUGAAUAA